AUGGAGCGAAUGUCGAAGCAGCUCAUCUUGAGCGGCAAGUUGAAGCCCGAAGUGCGCCUGGGGAUAGAGAUCUCCAACUUCGCACAGUCCCUCGAUGAUGAGCGCAGAGAGGAGUUUCGGCGCAUGCAGACUGCAAAAGGCAUCCACUUAUCAGGCUGGGACGUUAUCAGGGUUACCGAAGAGAUCAACCAGGAGGGAUCUCGUCGCCAUCGGGUAUGGAGUGCUCUGAGGCUGUCGUUAACAAUUGCCACGAAUUACAUGAGCUACUUUGAGAAACUGUCGACAUUGUUUAUGAGGCUCGGAACCUCAUGGGCACUUCAUGAAGACUUUGCGCAGCUCUUCCCCCGAUCAGAAAUACUUCAGACGUAUUUCUGUGAGUACCUAGUCGUUCUCAUGAAGCUUUGCAACAAGGUCGUUGUCUUCGGCCAGAAGAACACUGGUGCCCAGUUGUUUUCUUCCUUAGGAUCAUCUUUCGAUUCGGAAUUUGGGACUAUUCAAAAGGAGUUGGAUCAGUGGGGAAACUUGAUUCAGCAACAAUGCCAAGUCUUAGCGAUGAAGAUAGCCACCGGUGCAAAAGACAGCAGGUCCCAAGACGCGAAACAACGAAUAUUGCGGAGGCUAUCACCUCACCAGGGCGACUUUGAAACAAGAUGGAGACGCCAGCGCAAGAAAGGAACUUGCGAAUGGAUGUUUGACACCCCAAGUUUCAAGGACUGGAAGUCUAUGCAGACAUCCGCGACACUCUGCAUUAGUGGUAAAUUGGGCUGCGGCAAAACGGUAUCAAUGGCAAAUCUAGUUGCCCGGGUGGACCUCGAGAAGCCAUGCGCGUACGCGUUCUGUGCAUCCCAGGAACCAACAAGUCUGAAAGCCGCGAAUAUUUUAGGAAGUAUUGCUUUCAGUUUACUGGAUCUGCCGCCAGAAGCCAUGAUCUGGGGAGACGCCGAGCAGUUUGACGCUAUGAUCAACACUUUCGACCCGGAGAGCAUUAUCAACUUCGUUUUGGGCCUCCUCCCCGUGGACAGAACAUUCAUCAUUAUCGUCGACGGUCUAGAGGAUUGUUCCGGGGCUGACAUAACUGAUGUGAUUUCCGGUCUCCGUCGCCUGGCACAGAACCGAGUUGUUCUGCUAUGCUAUUCGAGUCGCUCUGAUUCACGGUUUCAGCUCGUUGCUAAGCAACAUUUCGAGCCGAAAUUCUUGAUAUCCCCAGAUGACGUCAAUCACGACGCGGAGCUUGAGUCCUAUAUCGUGGAAGAGGUCACCAAAAGAAACACUACCAGACAAUUAAGUCCCCACCUGGAGGAACUCGUGAAGAAGCAGCUCAUUAUCGGGGCACAGGGAAUGUAUUUAUGGGCUUCGCUUCAGCUUGAUACAAUCUUCCCUGCCAAUUCAAAUGUUGUCAUCACGGAUGACCGCAUCUUAAACCUUAUAACGCAUCUCCCGAAAGACCUACCGGAAGCUUUCGAGCGAGCUCUCGAAGGAAUUACAGAUCGCCAAUAUGAAGGUAGGAUCAUGAAACUGGUCAUGGCCGCGGUUACUCCUCUCGACCUCGAUGAUAUCAGAGUUGCAUUGUGCGUUGUCCCCGGCGAGCCGGUUUGGCGUCCUGAAAGGAUCGCCAAGGAUGGCACCCAACUUAUAUCACUCUGUGGAGGGAACUUGCUCGAACUCGACGAGGAGGAUGGGAAAGUUCGGUUCAUCCACCACAGCGUUAUCCAACAUUUGCUCUCGCCAGCACGCAGUGAAAACACGACAUCAUAUCACUUCUCAGCCGAGGCUGCCGAAAACUACAUUGGAGCUACCUGUAUCACGUAUCUCCACCUCCCCGUUUUGGAUUCAAGGGUAACCGUUACGAGGAAUCUCCAGAGCGCUGGUGUGUUAGAUAACGUGAUUGGAACCACACAGGAGUCUCUCCCAGGUAUACAGGCUACUCGCAUACAGCAAGACCUAGACCCGCGUUGUUUCGCACCUUACGCCACAAGCCAUUGGGUAUUUCACACAAGGUUCUUUGACGAAAACAUUCGGCACUGCAAGGAGAGUUGGGGGCUUUGGUGGCGGCUUCUGAAAGGUGGCGUGGCUACGGUCAAGCCGCCAUGCGCAGACCUGGAGGAAAGGCCAUACUCGGGCCUUGUAUGGGCAGUUGAGAAUGCGCACGGGUCAUUAUUCCGAAAUAUUCUUUCCCAGCGCGAUCUGGCCCCAGGCCACGAGGCUGAAGUCGUACGUGCCCUCGAAUUGCACAAGAGCAUCCGUGGCCAAUGGCUGGGGGACUUCUUGGUCCGGUAUCUCUUGAGCUUGCACAGCAAUGAGAUACCGUCGAAUUGCGACAAAAUCACCUUACUUCUCGACUUAGGUGCCGAUCCGGUUGCGCUGCAUUCCGUAUUACAGUGUUCGCCGAUCCAGAUUUUGACAACGGGGAUCUGCACAGGUGCCUUAUCUGCUGAGGACGAGGAGCGACUCAUUCGCGAAAUACUUUUUCAUGCAUCCUUCCAAGGAGCUCUUAAAGAUGAUAGUUUGCUUGACGCUCUCGAAAGGCUGCUGGACAGGCACAAAUUGGUCGCUAUUGCUGUGAUUCUAGCACUUCGCCCGGAUUUGAAGUAUGAGUUUCACCGGAUUCAAGCAAAAGGGUUAUCCGAAAAAUCAGCUAUCGAGAGGGCGCUAGAUGACGAGAGGUGGGAAGAGGUGGAGAAUCUUGCUAGCCAGGGUCUCGUGAACACGCCGACGUUCGAUGGAAAAUCGCUGUUGUGGAGAGCCAUCGAAGUGAAGAGUGACGCUUGGGUUUAUCACCUCUUGCGUCUCGGAGCAGAUCCAAACAUCGGACCGUUUGAAAUGAUUCACGACAUACGCAGUCCAGGCUUCGUGGCGACAUGCUACCCUCUCGAGGCUGCUUUGUGGCUUCGCAGGACACGAGUCUGUCUGGAGCUUCUUCGUCACAAGGUGGACAUUGAUAGGCUCGGCGGAUCGCUCAUUCGGAUCGCCGAGAACCAGCCCGAUCAUCAACGAAUCUCCAAGCAUGGCCAUACAGCCCUCGCGAUGGCGUGCAAGAUGCUAUCUCGUAGCAUUUCGGACGAGCCUCCAGGCUUCCGAGUACCCUUUCAAGUUUCCGACCUCGCGGAGGACUGGAAGUCCAAGCUCGAGAAAAUCAUCUAUCGACUGGCGCUGGAUGAAGAUGCUGAGUACGUGAAUGCCCAAGAUGCGGAAGGAAGGACAGCGCUGCAUUACCUGGCAGAAACAAAGAAUACAGACUCCCAAAUGUCCAACACUCUCGUCAACGUCCUUUUGAGCCGAGGCGCAGACCCGAAUCUGCCGGACUGUCAUGGCGAGACACCCCUCUGGCUCGCAGUUCGGAAUGCGGCAUCAGUCAACUUAGUGGUAGAGCCUCUCAUGGAAGCAGGUGCGGUUCCAACUCGAGCUUGUCUAUCGUACUUCUCUUCUAUACUCAAGGAAGCCAUGAUGGCGUACUCGGACACAGACAACCAGGAUGUGAUACGACUGGUGAGGCUGUUACUUCAAGCUGGAGCGGAUCCACGUGUGCAAGUUCCCUGGACACUCGCACAUCCGGACCCUUCUUUGGUAUCAUUAGCAGCGACAAGAGGCAUGCAAUGUUUGGUCAAGGAUUUUAUGCAGCACACGAAAAAGCUGAAUGGACCAAGUGUAGAAGAAGAGAGUGAUUUGCAGUGA